GCCGUGCUCGCACACGCACCGCCAUGGACGAGCGUUGCGCCGUGUGCGUCGAGUGUUUGACGCAAGCGCACGCGCAGGCCGAGAUCGUGCGUCGGACGCGACGCAGCCACGUGUACCGCGCGCCGUCCGCCGUCAGUUUCCAGCGCGCGCUUUUAGCGCCCGACGAGUGCGAUUGUUGGCGCAGCGCCGACGCUCUGCAACGCAAGGAGGCCUCCUUUCGUCAGAUGUACCCGGCGCGAUCGCCGCCCGCCUCCACGUGGCGCCGACACGCUGAUGAGGAGGACCCGGAGGACUUUGAGCCCUUUUCAGACAGCUGCGCCGAGUCCGAGUCGAUGCACGACCAGGACCAGUUGGGCCAAAUCGACUUCCGCCUCUUCGAGCCGGCGUUGAGCGACGAGAGGUGUUUUUGCUGCAACCCGCCGCCAAUGAUGCACCACGACGUCGAGGACGAAGACGUCGCCGAAAAGGACGACGACUUCGACGGCUCCAGUUUGCUCUCGGCGGGCUCCAGGACCUACCAGCUCAUUUCCAGCGUUGCGAGAAAACUUUCAUCCGCAUCAGAUAAAGAUCCUCAAAUCGGACAUCGGGCAGCGGGAAACGUGAAGAAUGACCGAGGUGUCAGUCUGGUAUCCUGGGAGCCCUUUUUCUGCGUCCUCUUGCAAGAUGAGCAGACCUUUACGGCGUACAGAAGCGAGGAGAUGGCUAUAUUUCCUGGGACUCCGACACGGCCCCGCUUUCCUCAUUUCAAGAUCGGCGACUCGUUGUUCGUGGACCUGCCGAGGGUGCGACUCGACGGCGGCGCGAAGGCGUUCAGACAGCGUUGGGGUUACGACCCUUGUCCGCCACCCCCGCUGCUCGAAGAGGAGGAAGGUGUCAUCCCUGAGGGCGACGAGGACGAGGACAGCAGCGUUGCUGACUGCACAUCGCUCAGGGAAGAGGGCUACAUGUACGUCGCAUCUCCUGCAGACACUUCUUAUGAGAAAGCAUGCAGCAACCCGCGCAGGGGCAGCGCUCCGGCCACCCCUGUGCUGGGCUCAAGGGGCCUUGAGUUGACCCCCUCCAGGAUUGUUAAUUUCUUCUCCAAGCGAUCGUUCCGCUCGAAUCCCCUAAAACGGACCAAGAGUGUGACCAAGUUGGAGCGAAAGCGCAGCGGUGUCUUGGAGCCUGAAAGCGUCGGACUGGACGGGCCUCCGAGGCUGAGAACCUCGCGCUCGCACGAAUCCCUGCUGUGCGGCCAAAACAUGAUGCAGACACUCGACCUGGCCGCUGACGGAGUCGAGAUCAAACCGCUGCACCCAUCAGUUUUGGGCAGAGAAAACUGCUUUCAAGUGACCACAAGUCCAUCGCAGGGCAACGGCGGCAUUCGGUAUUUCUCAUGCAGAACCGCGGAGGAGAGGGACAAAUGGGUGCACAGCCUUCGAAGGACAGUGCAACCCGACCAGGAACUAAAGCGCAGGGCCGAAAACUCGCUGCAGUUUUGGAUACUAGAGGCCAAAGGAAUCCCAAACAAAAAGAGAUAUUUCUGCGAGCUAUAUUUGGACCGAACGCUCUACGCAAGGACAUCCUGCAAGCAGAAGGGCGAAAUGUGUUUCUGGGGCGAGCAGUUCGACUUCAAUGGACUCCCGACGAUAAACACGAUCAAUGUUCAUCUUUACAGAGAGGCGGACAGGAAAAGAAAGCGAGACAAAGGCAUGAUAAUAGGUACUGUCACAAUUCCUGUCCACGACAUCUCCUCGCGUUACUUGACUGAGAAGUGGUACCCCGUGCUGCCUCCCAUUUCGUCAUCGGGCUCGACCACUAGCAGCAAAGAUUCGCCCGCUUUACGGAUCAAGUGCAGGUUCCAGACUAUUGACAUCCUGCCCAUAGCUAACUAUCAGGACUUCCUGGAUCUCCUGAAGAAUGACUACUUGAACAUUUGCGAACUGCUGGAACCAGCAGUUGGCGUCAAGGCCAAAGAAGACAUUGCCACUGCCCUUGUGCAUGUCAUGCAGAAAGAAGGACUGGCCAAGAAUUUCUUGGCUGACGUUGUCAUGCUUGAUAUUGACCGCGUUGAGGAUGAGCGACUGACUUUCCGCGGAAACUCUCUUGCUACAAAGGCGAUGGAGUCUUACUUGAAGCUGGUCGGUGACUCAUACUUGCGCUCAACUUUGGCGCAGUUUGUCGGCGACAUCAGCAUUGGCCAGGAAGAGUGCGAGGUUGACCCUCUGAAGGUGGGAAGCCAAACUGCUCUGCUGAAGCAGCAGAAGAAUCUCAGGUCAAAAGUGGAACUCGCUUGGAGCAAGAUCCUCGCUUCGCACCAGAAUUUCCCAACAGAGCUGAGGGAAGUUUUCCACACAUUCAGGCUGAGGCUUAUGCAAGCAGGACGUGAGGACAUCAGUGAUAAUCUCAUUUCUGCAUCAAUAUUCCUCAGAUUCUUGUGUCCCGCUAUUCUCUCACCCAGUCUUUUUGGAAUCACUCAAGAAUAUCCAAAUGAGAGGACUGCUCGAAAUCUGACUUUGGUGGCCAAAACGUUGCAAACUCUGGCAAACUUUACCAGAUUCCAGGGUAAAGAGAACUUCAUGGAGUUCCUCAACGACUUUGUCGAGCGAGAGGCACCAGCAAUGAAGAACUUCCUCCGGCAUAUUUCUAGUCCCAGUGCCCGCUGCACUCCUGAAUAUGAUGGCUUCAUUGACCUGGGCAAGCAGCUGAGUGUUCUGCAAACCCUGUUGUCAGAGAGCCUUUCUAAAUGUUCUACAACUGGUCCUGGCUCAUCAGUCCUAGACCGUCUGACCAAAGUACUGGACCACUUGAAAGUGGCCGCCGUCACUCCAGCGAUCCAGUCGAAUUGCGUUUCGAACCAUCACCUGCCUAUUAUGCGCCAGCAUUCCUCUCCAGCGCCCAUGUCCCCAAGACUGGCACUGGUGUCCUCGAACAUCCAGACAAACGGCACAGCCCACAGACAUUCAACCGACAAUGCCUCCCAUAGUUACCAGUCCCUGCAGAGGAACAUCUUCAGGUUUAAUGAUCCAACAAUCGCUUGCCAACCAGAUGGCCUGUCCAUAAAGCAAAUGUCACCGAUAGCCACUCGCGCCUCCACCCUUCCGAGGAACUCUCAUCUUCCGCCUCCUCGUCACCAGGAAAAUGGCCAUCGAUCACCGCUACCAGCCAAAAGAGAAAUCUCGGACGACACUUCGUCGAAUGAGGCAGAUCACAAAGGCAGCCAGCUGAGCAUCUCCCAGCUGUCAAAUGUGGCCUCCUCGGGCUACCAGAGCUUUGCCUACAGCCAGAGCUCAUCUCCAGUUGACCCCGGAACUAGACCGGCGCCUUCAAAGCCAGCCCUGGCCUUCAACAACCCAGUUUACCACAUGCCCACACCGCCACAUCGCAACCAGGUCGGUCUCUCCAGGCGCCGGCAGGAGCCUUCUUGCAGCUCCAGCGAUGAAGACUCAACUCCGCCGCCGAGCCCCAGGCCGCGAUUGCCUGCUCGUCCUCCAGCACCAAGGACCAACCCUCACCAAAGCUCUGGCUGGCGGGCCGUGCAACCCCAGUAUCCAUCGGUGACUCAGUUGAAGGGCAGAAGGAGACAUUCGGACGAAAUUUCUGACGAUUCGUCAGCAGAGGACAGACUCAGCAAUGGUCGCGGCGCCAUCAACAUUGUGCCGUCACCUAGCAUUGGUCCUGCACCACCAAAGACACCUGAACAGUACGAACGAGAAAUACGCCAGUUGCAAGCCUAUGUUGAAAGGCUAGAGUCGCAGUUGGCCCACGCCACCGCCAACAAUGUAGAUCACCGCACCCAGGCUGACUGGGCCAGUGCCCUUGACAGGUCACAAAGACUGGUUCACGCUCAAGAGGCUCGCCUCGAGGCUGUGGAAGCAGCCAAUGAGCGAUUGGUGACUGCCCUGAAUCUGCUUAAGGAGCGGUACGCUUUGCACGCCAAAAAUGGAGCCAUCAGUAACAACAAUAACAAUAAUAACAACAACAACGGCAGUGUCACAAACGGCGCCAUGAGGACACCGGCCGCCAAUCUGCUUGCAGAGCUGGCCGAGUUGAGGAGCAGCUCUUGCUGAGCUUCUCCGAGCUUUUCUGACCGCACUCUAUGUUAGAAGUACAAUUCUUUGUAUAUUAGUGGCAAGCCAAAAAUUUCUUGAAUUCUUUCCCUUGACUAUAAAAUAUUAUUCUCUAUGCUCGCUUCGACUUAGGAUGCCUUGGGCUCGAUAGAAAUCAAACAAACUCUUGAUACUCAAGUGAGAGUUUACUUGACAAGUAAAUUUUGAACCAAAUGACUUGAUGAUAUAAAAAAAAAGAUUAAAAGAACUGCUUUUCAGCUAUACAUAUUAUGAUGCUCUUGUAUCCAAAGCUUGUAUUUCACUCGAAAGACUUCUAUGUAACGGAAAAGGUAUUCUCAGCACAAGAUAUUUCCCCUAUAAUAUUCUUGUACAGCACCCCCAUUGCCCUUAUUUGCCUGUCUGUAUGAUAAAUAUUAAUUUAAAACUUGUAUUAUCUGUAUUUCGCCUAUGCAAAAGAGCAAAGCAAAAUGUACCCAAGUGUAGUGUAAAAACACUUAAUAUAAAAAAUAGAAACCUGUAGAUGUGCUUAUAUUGUAUACUUGUAAGUUAGGUUUACGAUCACCAUCUCUGCCAAGAAUAUCAUUUUAAAAUAUUGUUUCAUGUAAGUUUCUUGUGUAUAAAAAUGCUUGUUUUCAUUUGUUAUCUCAGCGAGUACUUGUAUAAUCGAAGCUAUUUAAUUUUUGUUAUGUUUGGCAGAAUAAUUCUGCCAAAUUUAAAAUUUGUAAGAAAAUAAACCUUGAUCCUCAGUAGCCGA